UAUAGGUAAGACCUAUAUGAAAGGACCUAUAUAUAGGUCUUACCUAUAUAAACUAUGGAAACCGAUUGGCGACUACCAAAAAAAGUACACCCAAGUGUAAUUUUUCAGAAAUAGUGUUUUUCGAUACAGGGCCCAGUGCUGUACUGUUGAACUACGGUGUAUCAACUAUCAAGAGUAUAAUGAAUUAUCUUGAAGUCACAUGAAUGUUACACUUACAAUAUGGUACUGUGAAGGUCAACCAGCAGUGUAGAAUACUUGUUCACAUGUAUAUAUAUAUAUGGCUAUAUGGAUACAGUUUAGUAGCUCGUGUUAGUGAUAAUACUAUGUCGAUCCGCCGGAAGAUGUUAAAAGUAGGAUUAAUAAAAAAACCAUCAAACUCGGAACAAUUGCUCGAAUCCGACUUGUUGCCAAAUUCCGAUCUUUCCUUUGUCCAAAACUCCGAUACUCCCUCGGUCCAAAACUCCGAUACUCCUUCGGUCCAAAACUCCGAUACUUCCUCGGUCCAAAACUCCGAUACUCCCUUGGUCCAAAACUCCGAUACUUCCUUGGCUCAAAACUCCGAUACUCCCUCGGCUCAAAACUCCGAUACUCCCUCGACUCAAAACUCCAAUCCUCCCUUGGCUCAAAACCUUGAUUUUUCUUUGGCUCCGUUCCCGAACAUAUCGGUCUAUCGUAAAUAUUCGGCAUUUAGGUCUUCAAGAUUUAAAGCAGUUCCACGUACCGAGAGGAAUCAGCGGCCGGUCUUGCCGGUCAAAAAAAUAAUAGAGGAAAACAUAGCGAUAAGACGAUUGGUAUACCUGCACACGGGGCGGUGUACCGAGAGGCUACCAAAUCAAGACAGCCCAAUUACGGAUUUAUGCGUUGUCCCUGCAAUUCAUGUAUCUAAAGACAUGUCAGAUCCUGAUCAUCCAGUCAGUAAAUUCAUUAAAUAUAACAGAGUAAUUAAUGUAUGUGGACUUACUAACUGUGGAAGUGAUUCUACUAGUAAAGAAAAAAAUAAAUUUAUGAAAUUUAUACGUUCUACCGGUAUUUACCUUCGUGAAACAGAAUGGAUAUAUGGCGGCCAAGAAUUGAAUUCCGUUGAAAAACGUAGAAAAACAUUUGAAAGAUGUAAUGUAAUGUCACCAGAAAAUAUCAAUAAGUUGUGUGAAGCUGGAUUUUAUUAUAUAGGUGAUGGAAAAACAGAGGAAACAAUGUGUUUUUGCUGUGGAAAACGUGUAUUAUACUGGGGAAAAUCAGUCAAACCCUGGACUACACAUGCAAUCAUCACAAAGGAUUGCUACUAUAUGGCCUUAUGCAAGGGCAAAUAUUAUGUUCACCAAGUGUAUAAUGAUUAUCAACAUAUUCAAAGUUACUGUAAAACGAAUUUUUUUGAACAAUUGAUCAAUAUUAAGUAUGAUGAAAAUUCGUUCAAUGAAAUACUUUCUGCACCCAAUUAUUCAGAUAGUGAAGACGAAUCUUUUUCUGAAGUUCAAUCCUCUAAAAAGAUAAGGAGACAACCAUUGACUGAGCGAUUGUUAACUACAGUAACAAUUAACAAUACAACUGAGCCAAUUUUACUUUGCAAAAUUUGUGCUAAAGAUAUAAUUAGUGUGCUUAUCAUUCCUUGUGGUCACGUAAUUGCCUGUAUUCAAUGUGCUCUAACACUUAAAGAUUGCCCCGCAUGUACCCUGCUUUUUGAUAAUGAAACUGUUUUUUUGAGGGUGUUCAUAGUAAAAACAGAUAAAAAUAUCAAAAGAGUAAAUGAUUACCUGAAAACUGACACUAAUUAUGUUGAAAAUCCUGAAAUAGAUCAAUCACUUUGUAAGGUGUGUCAAAAAAAUGAUUUGGUAGCCUAUGUACCAUGUAGACAUAUAUACUCUUGUAGUGAAUGCACACUCACACUAAACAAUUCGUGUCCUAUAUGUAACGUUGGAUUAAUAGGUAUGAUACAAAUAUCAUUAACAUAAUACUUUUUUUUUUUACAUAAUUUACAAUUUCGAAAUAUCAACUAGUUUAUAAUUUCCAUGUACAAUAUAUUUGAGUAGAAAUCUUAUGGCCUAAA